CCAAGGCCGAAUGGAGAAAGAGGCGGAGGAGCUCAAAGAGCUAGUGCGCAAAGAAAUUAUGGACGUUGAUAAGGACCCAAAGGAAAGACUUGAAUUCUUAGAUGACAUACAUCGCAUUGGAGUGUCAUACCACUUUGAAAAUGAAAUCGAAGACACUCUUCGAAAUUUCUAUAAGAAGAUGUAUGAUGAUAGUUCCUACAAGGAUGAUCUUUACUAUGUUUCUCUACGCUUUCGUCUCUUACGACAACAUGGCUUCAAUGUUUCAUGUGAUGUGUUUGAAAACUUCAAAUGUGAGAAUGGAAGCUUCAAGGAAAGGUUAACAAACGAUGUGCAUUGCCUAUUGAGCUUGUAUGAAGCAUCAUAUCUAAGAGUACAUGGAGAGAAUACACUCGACGAAGCUCGUGCAUUUGCUACUACUCAUCUAACCUCCUUUUCUACACAAUCAAACUCUCCCAUGGCUAAACAAAUAGCCCAUGCCUUGAAACUACCCCUCCAUCGACAUAGUAUAAGGCUUGAAUAUUGGUAUCAAAUUUCGUGGUAUGAGUCAAAGCCUUUCCAUAACGAAGCUUUGUUGAAAUUUGCGAAGUUAGAUUUCAACUUGGUUCAAAUAUUGCAUAACAAGGAGCUAAGAGAUCAUACUAGGUGGUGGAGAAGUCUAGAUAUGGUCACGAAAUACCCUUUUGUUCGUGAUAGAGUGAUAGAGGCCUAUUUUUGGAUUUUGGGUGUGUACUAUGAGCCUAAGUACUCGUACGCGAGGAUGCUGUUAAACAAAUUGUUCAACAUUAUAUCUGUAAUAGAUGACAUCUAUGACGCUUAUGGAACCAUUGAAGAGUUAAAACCCUUCACAGAAAUGAUUCAAAGGUGGGACAAAAGUUGCAUCAAUCAACUUCCGGACUACAUGAGAGCAAUUUCUCAAGUUAUGUUUGAUACAUUUGAAGAAAUUGAGCAAGAAUUAGCUUUGGAGCAACGAUCAUAUGCUGUUGAUCAUCUCCAAAAAGAAAUGAAAGGUAUAUGUCAAGCUUACUUGCAAGAAUCUAUUUGGCAUCAUCAAAAUGUUGUUCCAACUUACGACGAAUACAUGAAAACUGGCAUCAUCACCUCUGGCUAUUUGUACAUUACUGCUGCCUCUUAUCAAGGCAUGGGGGAGUUGGCAUCUAAACAUGCCUUUGAAUGGGUCGACGAAAAUACAAAGGCUCUAAAAGCUUCGUGCAUACUUGCUAGGCUCUUGAAUGACAUUAGUAGCCAUAAGUUUGAGAAGACUAGAGGUCAUGUUUCGUCUGCAAUUGAUUGCUACAUGGAUCAAUUUGGAUUCUCGAUCGAAGAAGCUACGAAGGAGCUUCAAAAACACAUCGAGGAGGCGUGGAAGGACAUGAAUGAAGAAAUAAUUGGGUCAAGAAUUGUUCCAACCCCUAUAUUAUUUGCAGUUAUCAACGUUACAAGGACAUUAUAUGACAUCUAUCACUGUGAUGAAGAUGGCUAUACCGUCGGCCAACUUAUGCAAGAAAAAGAUGCCACUAUUCUUGUUGAUCCUAUUAUUAUGGCUUAAAUUUUGAAUCAUACGUACCAUGCAUUUUAAUAUCUCGUAUUUACGCAUUAUUACUUUUGUGUUGAAUACUUUACCUUUGGUUAUUGGUAAA